UACUUACUUAUUCUUCACCCUGCCCUCCCACACCUCACCCCGCCCGGGGCUCUCCGGACUCAGCCAGUCUCGGGGCCAACGCCCCCACCUGGUCUUUCUCUGUGGCUGGUGUCUGGCCCACAGCUGGCGGACGGGAACUUGGACUCUCAUUCCAGUGCUCACCCCAUGCUCUCCGUGCUCCUGGUGGCACCGGCCAACCCCGCACCCACCCGGCCUCGGGACCCAGCUGUCACCCUCGCAGACAUGUGGCACGGUGGCCGGGGGUGGGGGGCGUCUGGUCCCUGGCUUUCGGCCUCCGGCUUCCCUGAGCACCACUCCCUUCCCUCCAGCCCCCUGUGGGAGCCAAGGCCAGCGUGGGUGGCUGAAAUCUCCCUGGUAACAGGGCCUCUCCCCCACCCCCAGCCUCCUCCCCUAGGCAGGCCGAUCCCUCCUCCCUCACCCGCACCUGCUCUGUGGCCCCUGGGCCCCUCCUCCCAGCCCCUCCCACACCCUCACUCCUGCUCCCUCCUUCCCUGGCUCACCGUGUCACCAUCUGUGGCACAAUCCUUCUCUGUCACUCUCUCUGCCACCCCCUCCUUCUCCUUCCUCCUUCCUCGCCUCUGUCCCAGCUCUCUCUGCACAUCCCUUCCUCUCGUCCCUUCUCUCGCUCCCUUUCCUCCUCCUUCUCUUCUCCCUGUCACGCAUUCCUCAUCACUCCCCCUCAUUCUGGCUUUCCACCCACUCACUGUCCUCUCUCCUCUCUCUCUCUCUCCCUCCACCUCCAACCGACCUCCCUUUCCCUCCCUCUCUAUUGGCUCCCGAUAGCCUCCCGGUCCCCAUUCCUCGUCUCUCCUUGGGAGGCUACUCCCUCCCUCCCCACUGCAGGCUCCUGCCCGCAGACCCCCAGCUGUGUCCCGACCCUCCAGCAUGUGUCCUGGGGAUGAGGGGUGACGCGCCAGGCACCAGUGGGAAGUGCGGGCUGGAGACCAGAUGGAAGAGGCUCGGUGGGCAGACGUGGCCACCGGGGGCCUAGGAGGGGGCCCGGGCCGCAAGGGGUCUACAAGUGGGCACGGCGUGCAGCCCCCGGCUAAGGGGUGCUCGGGGGGCAGCUGGGUGGGCACUGUGCAGGGAGAGGGGCAGCAGAAUGAUUACCAGCUUGGCAGCAAGGAGGGGAUCCCUCACCCCAUGGGCAGGAUCUUGGAGUCACAGCAUAGCAGGGCGUCGGAGCUGGAAGAAGCCAGAGGCAUCGUGCUGCUCGGCCCCCCGGGCUCCCGUGCCGGCUUCCCCGAGUCUGAGUCCGUGCCGGGCGCUGUGCUCAGCCCGCUCCCCAGCAACCUGCACCACAGCCCUGCGAGGCCAAUAGCUGACUGCUGAUCGCCCUCCGCUCAGGCAUGGACACCCCUGGCUACCCUUCCUCGGUGCCCGCGACCUCGGAGCCUGGGAACGCCUCCUUGUCCUGGCUGCUGGAUGCCACCCUGGGAAACGCGUCUGCGGCCCCGAGCGCGGCCGGGCUGGCCGUGCGCGGGGUCCUGAUCCCGCUGGUCUACCUGGUGGUGUGCGUGGUGGGCCUGCUGGGCAACUCGCUGGUGAUCUACGUGGUCCUGCGGCACACCGCCAGCGCGUCCGUCACCAACGUCUACAUCCUCAACCUGGCGCUGGCCGACGAGCUCUUCAUGCUGGGGCUGCCCUUCCUGGCUGCCCAGAACGCCCUGUCCUACUGGCCCUUCGGCUCCCUCAUGUGCCGCCUGGUCAUGGCCGUGGACGGCAUCAACCAGUUCACCAGCAUCUUCUGCCUCACGGUCAUGAGCGUGGACCGCUACCUGGCGGUGGUGCACCCCACGCGCUCGGCGCGCUGGCGCACGGCGCCCGUGGCCCGCAUGGUCAGCGCGGCCGUCUGGGUGGCCUCGGCUGUGGUGGUGCUGCCCGUGGUGGUCUUCUCGGGGGUGCCCCGGGGCAUGAGCACCUGCCACAUGCAGUGGCCCGAGCCGGCGGCGGCCUGGCGCGCCGGCUUCAUCAUCUACACGGCCGCGCUGGGUUUCUUCGGGCCACUACUGGUCAUCUGCCUCUGCUACCUGCUCAUCGUGGUCAAGAUGCGCUCGGCCGGCCGGCGGGUGUGGGCGCCCUCGUGCCAGCGGCGGCGGCGCUCCGAGCGCCGGGUGACGCGCAUGGUGGUGGCCGUGGUGGUGCUCUUCGUCCUCUGCUGGAUGCCCUUCUACGUGCUCAACAUCGUCAACGUGGUGUGCCCGCUGCCCGAGGAGCCCGCCUUCUUCGGCCUCUACUUCCUGGUGGUGGCGCUGCCCUACGCCAACAGCUGCGCCAACCCCGUGCUCUACGGCUUCCUCUCCUACCGCUUCCAGCAGGGCUUCCGCCGCGCCCUGCUCCGGCCCUCCCGCCGCGUGCGCAGCCAGGAGCCCCCUGCGGGGCCCCCGGAGAAGUCGGAGGAGGAGGACGACGAGGAGGACGAGGGUGGGGAGGAGCGGGCAGGGAAGCCGGGGGAGGAGAAGGAGAUGAAGGACCGGGUGAGUCAGAUCGCACAGCCCGGCACCAGCGGGCAGGAGCUGCUGCCCGGCCACGUGGCUGGCAGUGAGCGGCAGUUCCUGCCCCAAGAGCCCGCAGCCGGGGAGAAGCAGGGCACACUGCGCGUCAGCUGUGUGUAGGGGUCCGACGAGGGCCCCGGUGGCCCGAGGACAGAGCGGAGGCUGUGGGUGUGCCUACGGCAUGGCGCUCAAGGUGCCAGGGGCCCACGAUGGGACGUGCAGAUCCCUCCGCUGCGGAGACUCGCUGUCUGGGCCUCACGUUCUCUCCUGGGACUCGGGGGCGGGGGGCGUCACCGGAUGAGAAGACUGGAGGGACAUCACCGCUGGGCUGGCCCUCCUGCGGGGGGCCCAGGUGAAGGGGGUGGGUGCAGACCAGCUGUCCCCUUCAGAGAAGGCGCACCCUGGCCGAUUGGCUUGAAUCUUGGCCGUCGGAGGGACAGACGGAGGCCUGGGUUUUCGGGGCUCAGAGUCAGGUUAGUAGGAGAGGGACUGGGGCCCCGGUUCACAGGGAGCUGGAGCAGGGCCCGGAACAGAAGAACGCCUUACCCCACGGAGGGGAGGGGCAUGCGACCAGCGCUCCCCUACUCGCCUUGAGGCUUCCAGCCGCCUCUUCUUCUCUCUGGGCUGCCGGCCUCGCCCGCUGAGCGACCCAACCACCUCUAGGCCCUCUUGGCCCUGGUGGUCAGGCCGGGACCCCUGUGCUCCUGGACACAAGGAGAGGAGGGGGGUGUUCCAAGAAGCUCAUGACAUCCAGCUGCCGGGUCCCUUACUGCUUUGGCCCAUGGGAGACUCCAUGUCUAGUUUUGGAUUUGCAAAUUUUGUAUUGCUUUUCUUAAAGAGGGAUCCCACAAUGCAUACGCUUAGGCUGCCCGAAGCCUAGCUCAGCCCCUGUUGAGGGCAGCCCACCGACCCCCAAAGCAGCUCUGUGUGCUGCUUUGCCUCUGUGUGUGCUGUGUCUCUGGGGGUCCCUGGGUCUUGGAGAGGUCUGGAGCCUCCCCACAGGAGAAACUAUGCCUGUUCCUCUCCUCUCAGCGGCCAGGAUGGCGGUGAAUUCGGCCCAGCACAAAAUCGUAAAUGCACUUAAAACAUCAUGAGAAUGUUUUGUGGUUAUGGGUUGCAACGUGUUUCAUGUGUGGCCUAAGACAGCUCUCCUUCUUCCAGCGUGGCGCGGAGACGCCAAAAGGUUGGACACCCCUGAUCCAAACAGUGCUGAGAGGAGGAGGAAGAAGAGGAAGGGGGAGGAAGCAGAGGGAGAAGGGUGAGCACCAGGAGGGGGAGCGGGGAGGACAGAUCCGUUCCGUGACCUUGGAGCUGUCCUUGGCGCCUCUGGAAGGAGUUCAGUGGCUGCCUCUGUGAAAGUGGGCUGCCUGGCCCGACCAGCCUCAAGGAAACGAUGCCAUCCCGUGGGAACGAGAAUGGCCUGGGAGGUGCAGGGCCAGCCCUGCCCCCACCGCCCCGAGGGCCUAUCAGUGCUGGUAAGAAGGGCUGGGCCUUGAUGGCCGCCCUGGGAAGCCAGGCCUGGCCGGUCGGGAGCGGGCCCCUCGCCCUCUGCAUCUCCCGGGCCAGCAGACUGGGAAGGUCUGGGGAGGACGAGACAAGAAGUGGGAGCACAGAGAGAGGCCAGGGUCCAAGGCUGGGCCCGGACAGCCAGGACGCCCUCCGAGAGAUGACCCCCGAGACCCACAGGGAGCCUGGCCCCGGGGACGGUGGGACCUCUGGCUAAGCCUCCGCUCUGCAGAGGGUGGGGGCCCUCGGAGAAAGCGCACAGACCCCGGCUGGGGAGACCCACAUCUUCGACACACCUCCAGGCCCUGCCUAGCUGCAACCUCUCUGGGCCUCAGUUUCCCCAUCAUAAAAUGGGUGCGGCUGUCCCAGCUUGCCUGGCUCCUGGGAUUUGGGGAGGGAAAUGGGUCAAGCCAGGUAAGCUGCCAUGUGCACUGUAAUGGGUGGGGGUGGGGCGUAUCAGAUUAUAAAGUAGGGGUGGCCCACCCCCGCCAGGCUCGGCUACACCCCCUUCUCCUUCAUCCUACAAUCUCUCUGUAUCUGGCCCUUGGGGGUGAGGACAAGUCCAAGGUGGACUUGGGGGUCAAAGGCCAAGGAUCAUGGAGGCAGGACUCAGGGGAGUGUGUGGCCCCCUCAGGGGACCAGGGGUCGGAGUGAAGAGGGCCCCCGGCAUUCGGGCGUUCCCUGGCCAGCCCUGCCUUCUUGAUUCCUGGGCCCGUGGAGCCUGUUCUGCAAGGGUGGCUGGGAGACCCCUCAGGGAAAUCCUCUGCUGCUUCUGCCCCCAGCUCUUGUCAAUAAAGACGGUGUCACGUGACAAUAGCCAGGGCCUGGGCCGAUUUUCUGCCAGGUGCCGUGUGUCUGGAUUGCUGUGCGUGGGUGUGCGAGCGUGUGUGCGUCCAUCUCCGUCAGGAUGCUCCCUGUACCCCUCUCUCAGCUCCGCAUCACGCCCAGCCUCCCAGAGCCCCGCUCCCCCAAGGAACACGGCUGACACUCCUCGGCCUGCACUCCUGCAGAUCCUGGUGAAAAAGCAGUAGAUAUACUCCCUUCCGGAGUCCAAAUCUCAAAUCUCAGGGAAGGAAGCUGAUUGGUUCUAACUAGGUCACAUGGUGGCCCCUCAGGAUAAUAACCAAAGACAAGGUGAUGGAGGGCCAUGACUGGCCGGGUGUGGGUGAUGCGACCAUCCUUCCAGCCAGAGAGAAGCGAGAGCUCUGUGAUGGGGAG